AUGGGGACACGGCCCCUCCACCCACGCGUCCAUUGGGCGGCGCCGCCAUCACUCUCUGGCCAACACCGCCUUCUCCUCCGCCGAGCACGGAUCCCCUCCCCCGCCACUCUCGCACCGCCCCGGCUUGGGAGCCUCUCAUUGGACGGAGGGGCGGUCGAGCCGCCUCGAGUCCGGUAGCUGAUUGGACACCAGGCCUUCGGGCCGCCCCCGGCCUGCUUGGAUUGGCUUGCUGCGCGUUGGCGCAACGGAAGAGGCGGCCGGCCGAGGGUGCGCUUCUGCUCGGGCUGGACGGCCGCGGAGGCAGCGACGAGGGGUCCGGCGCUGGGGGGCUGGCUCGGGCGGCAGCGGUGGCUGCUGCGGAUGGGAACGGGACGGCUCGGCGCGCCCAUGGAACACCACGGCAGGGCCGCCGCUACCUCCGACUCGUCGGCGCGGGAGCCGGCGCCCAGGGGGCCCGAUGGGCGGCGGCGGGAGCCGCUGCGGCGCCGGGCGAGCAGCGCGUCGGCGCCCGCCGUCGGGGCCUCGGCCUCGGCGGACAGCGUAAGGCGGGAGCGGCCCGGCUCCUACAGCGGCGCUACCUCGGUCUCCCGCCAGCGCGUCGAAAGCCUCCGGAAGAAGCGGCCGCUUUUUCCAUGGUUUGGCUUGGAUAUUGGUGGAACGUUGGUCAAGCUGGUUUAUUUUGAACCCAAAGACAUCACUGCUGAAGAAGAAGAGGAAGAAGUGGAAAGUCUUAAAAGCAUUCGGAAGUACCUGACCUCCAAUGUGGCUUAUGGGUCCACGGGCAUUCGGGACGUGCACCUGGAGCUGAAGGACCUGACUCUGUGUGGACGCAAAGGCAAUCUGCACUUUAUACGCUUUCCCACCCAUGACAUGCCUGCUUUUAUUCAAAUGGGCAGAGAUAAAAACUUCUCGAGUCUCCACACUGUCUUUUGUGCUACUGGAGGUGGAGCGUACAAAUUUGAGCAGGAUUUUCGCACAAUAGGUGAUCUUCAGCUUUGCAAGCUUGAUGAACUAGAUUGCUUAGUAAAAGGAAUUUUAUACAUUGACUCAGUUGGAUUCAAUGGACGGUCACAAUGCUAUUACUUUGAAAACCCUGCUGAUUCUGAAAAAUGUCAGAAGUUACCGUUUGAUUUGAAAAAUCCGUACCCUCUGCUUCUGGUGAACAUUGGCUCUGGGGUUAGCAUCUUAGCGGUAUAUUCCAAAGAUAAUUACAAGCGGGUCACGGGUACCAGUCUUGGAGGAGGAACUUUUUUUGGUCUCUGCUGUCUUCUUACUGGCUGUACCACUUUUGAAGAAGCUCUUGAAAUGGCAUCUCGUGGUGAUAGCACCAAAGUGGAUAAACUAGUGCGAGACAUUUAUGGAGGGGACUAUGAGAGGUUUGGACUGCCAGGCUGGGCUGUGGCUUCAAGCUUUGGAAACAUGAUGAGCAAGGAGAAGCGAGAGGCCGUCAGUAAAGAGGACCUCGCCAGAGCGACUUUGAUCACCAUCACCAACAACAUUGGCUCAAUAGCAAGAAUGUGUGCCCUUAAUGAAAACAUUAACCAGGUGAUAUUUGUUGGAAAUUUCUUGAGAAUUAAUACGAUCGCUAUGCGGCUUUUGGCAUAUGCUUUGGAUUAUUGGUCCAAGGGACAGUUGAAAGCACUUUUUUCGGAACAUGAGGGUUAUUUUGGAGCCGUUGGAGCACUGCUUGAGCUGUUGAAGAUCCCCUGAUCGUUACCUGGGGAGGGGUUCCUGGAACCUUCCACAAUGGGAUCUGUGGACUUUUGUUUUUUAAGAGACUCAGUUUUAUAAUUGUGUGCUGCCUGAAUCAAAGCAAGAAAGGACAAGUGUAUUUUUUUUAAGUCAUCAAGAUAAAUCCUUAAAAAUUCAAUCUAAACUAGUAACCAGUAAGGAAAGAUGCAUAUAAAAAGUGGACCACGUCUGUGGCAGUGGGGACUUGCUGUAUUUCACUUGCUCUUCAGUAUAGCUUUGUUAAACCUGCGUGUAUUUUGAAAUUCAGCAUCACUCACUGGAGCCACUUGAGGGGAGAGCUGUUCUGUGUUCUGCUGACUGUGGUUUUGUGUCCUGUUGAACUUGCUAAAUAUAAGGCGAGCUGCUGUGUGUUACCAUCUAGCCGCAGUUUCGUCCGUAUGGCCUUGGAGAUCAUCUGUGCAUUAACUCUGCUGUCAUUUAGCCUUUGUGUGAACCUUUGUAAAAACAUGUUUUAUUUCAAGGUUCUGCGAA